GGCCGCUGUACGGAGUAUGAAUAGUAUAUCCAAAAAAGUUCAUCCGUAAAACGGAUGCAUAAACAAACCGUCGUCUGGUGACGGUCUGAUCUCUCUUUACGCCUUCGUGCGGUGGCUUUACAUCCGGGCAUCCCCACGCGCCGCCGCUUUUUAUGAUGGAGAACAAUCAGCAACAAUCAGGUAAUGGAUCUCCACCAAAGCCAUGGGAAAAAGCUGCAUCCUCUUCUGGUCCUGCACCUUUCAAACCGCCUUCUCCAGGCAGCACAAGUGAUGCAGUGGAGGCAUCAGGAACUGCUAAACCAGGUGAAAUUGUCACGUCAGCUAACAGGAAUAUGGCUGUUAACACAAAUACACUUGCACGACCAGUACCUAGCCGGCCUUGGGAACCACAGCAGACAUAUGGCACCACCUAUGGAGGUUAUUCCUCUGGUUUAAACUACAAUUCUGGUUAUGGGUCAGGGAUGUAUGGUGGCGCUUCAUAUGGUGGAUAUGGAUCAGGCAUGUAUGGUGGUGGAUUGUAUGGGAACAACAUGUAUAGAGGAGGUUACGGUGGAGCAUAUGGAGGUGGCAUGUUUAAUGGGGGGAUGUACAACAAUGGAAUUGGUGCCGUUGGAGGCCCGAUGGGUGGUUAUGGAAUGGGCGGGCCAUAUGGAGAGCAUGAUCCGAACAAUCCAUAUGGUUCCCCUUCAUCUCCGCCAAGCUUCUGGGUUUCCUUGAUGCGAGUGAUGCAAGGCGUUGUUACUUUCUUUGGGCGGGUAGCAGUGCUGAUAGACCAGAAUACCCAAGCAUUCCACCUGUUCAUGACUGCACUACUUCAGCUGUUCGACCGUUCAGGGUUAUUGUAUGGGGAGCUAGCCGGGUUUGUGCUAAGAUUAUUAGGAGUGAAGGCAAAGCCUAAGAAAUCUCAUCCUCCGGGCCCACACGAUCCUCGCGGGGGUCAAAAUUUCAUUGAGGGGCCAAAGGCUGCCAAACACGGCCUUACCGCUCUCUGCACGGGGUCGAGCUUCCAUGCUGCAGUUGUGGGGCUCAGCAGGCCGCAACGGGUGAUGUGGAGCCUCGUCAACCGCCUGCAGCCGCUGCCGAGGGCCCACAGCCCCUCGUCGCUGAGAUUGCGACACCUGUUCACGUGGAGGGUUUUCAGCAAUGGGCAGCCCUUGGAUAUCAUUAUGAUUGUUUCGUCUCCUAUUGUCCUGCAGAAACGGAAGUUGAGGACUCUCAGUCUUGAACAGAAUCCGGUCCCGACAGCGGUCAAACCGUCCCCGCAAAUGGUCCAGCUCAGGUUCAGCACGCUCAGAUACUGGACCCCACCUCCGCUCAGUAGGGCCCGCACGCCUGCGGGUUCAAGCUUGCAGGAAUCCGCCUCUACGUAUGAUAGUGACCUGGAACAGCCUUGAAAUCCAAUGCCGGUAAUGCCCCUGCAGUAGGAUAUU